AUGCCUCCUCGCCGUGCUCCAUCUGUUUCGAUAUCUCAGGCUCCAUCGCGUGCAGCGUCUCCCGCCUUUGAUGAAGACGAGGUCGCGUUCGACUCUGUAGACGAACUCCAGCAGCACGGUAUAAAUGUGCAAGACAUCACAAAGCUCAAGUCGGCCGCUAUCAACACCGUCUCGGGUGUGAUUAUGACCACCAGACGCCAAUUGCUGAAGAUAAAGGGCAUGUCGGAAGCCAAAGUCGAGAAAAUCAAAGAGGCAGCUCAGAAGAUCCAUGGCUCGUCGUUCGCGACUGGUGUUGAGAUUCAGGAUAAACGCAAGCGAGUGCUUGUUAUCAGCACUGGUAGCAAGCUCGUCGAUGGGAUCCUGGGUGGAGGAGUUAUGUCCCAGUCCAUCACAGAAGGUUCGAGCUACCCCUCUCAUUAUCUCUGUUCAGCCAGUGACCUCGCUCCAGUUUAUGGCGAGUACCGCACGGGAAAGACACAGCUUGCUCACACGAUGAGCGUCGUCGCUCAGUUGCCUCCCGAGUAUGGCGGAGCUGCUGGCAAGGUUGCCUAUAUUGACACUGAAGGAACCUUCCGACCCGACCGAAUUCGAGCCAUUGCCGAUCGCUUCGGUGUCGAUGGGACCAUGGCUUUGGAGAAUAUUCUAUAUGCUCGGGCUUUCAACAGCGAGCAUCAGAUGGAACUCAUCAACGAAUGUUCGGCCAGGUUUGCGGAAGACAAAGAUUUCAGGCUCUUGAUCAUCGACAGUAUCAUGGCGCUAUUCAGGGUCGAUUAUUCUGGGCGUGGGGAGCUUAGCGAACGUCAGCAGAAGCUGGCCCAAAUGCUUUCGAAGCUGACGAAACUUUCCGAGGAAUUCAAUAUCGCUGUUCUCAUGACCAAUCAAGUCCAAUCCGAUCCUGGAGCAACCAUGACCUUCGUCGCGGGAGGGGCACUCAAGCCUAUUGGAGGCCACAUCCUGUCUCAUGCAUCCGCGACGCGUAUCUUCCUUCGAAAAGGUCGAGCUGAGGAGCGAGUUGCCAAACUGGUUGAUAGUCCGGACCGACCUGAGAGCGAAGCUUCUUACAAGCUUGACGAAGGAGGUUGGGCUGACGUUUAG